AUGGCGCAACCAGACAUAUCGCAGAUUCUAGCUGCACUCGCAGCGCAGCAGGCUCCCGCGAAUGGCACACCACAACAAGCUGCACCGCAGCAUCCUCCCCCUAACCAGCCACCGCCAGGUUAUCCACCCAUGGGACUACCAUCAGCACCUCCCAGCGCGCCACCACAGCAGAAUCCAUACCUUCCGCAGCCUUCACACAUGGGCAAUGUCGACCUAAGUGCGAUCAAGCCGGUUAGUAGCGGGUCUGUGAGCAUUGCAGAUGCUAUCGCGAAGGCAAGGGGCAUUGCCGAGAGCCACGGCGUCCAGUCUUAUGAGAAUCGUCAAGCUUCUGCAACUCCUCGUGGCGGCGAUCCGCGCCUGGCGGGCAGAGCUGGUCGACGUUCGAGAUCGAGAUCGCGCUCACCACCACGACGCGAUAAUUACGGCGGAAACCCAUACCGUGACGAGCGCCGCGAGGAUCCACGCCGAGGCAGCUACCGUCGGUCUCCUUCACAAGAUCGUAAUGACUUCCGCGGCGGCCGCGGCGGUCCACCGAUGGGCAACCAACGUGGUGGAGAUACCGAGACCGAGACCAUCCGUGUAAAGUCUUCUCUCGUAGGUUUGAUCAUUGGGCGCAACGGUGAGAACCUCCGUAAGGUUGAGGCCGAAACCGGUGCACGCGUUCAAUUCAUUCAGGCAAGUGAUAAGCACCAAGCUGAACGCCAAUGCACCAUUUCUGGUUCCACACGCGCACGAGAGAACGCGAAGACGGCCAUUUUCACUAUAAUCGAGGAGAAUGGUGGCAGCACGCCAUCUCAAGAUAGAGGCGCAUACACACCCGGCAUGCCUGGUAGGGCCAAGGUAAACCUACCUGCAUUACGCGAAGGUGAGGCUAGCAGUCAGAUCAUGGUACCAGACAAGACGGUGGGCUUGAUCAUCGGACGUGGCGGUGAAACCAUCAAGGAACUCCAAGAGAAGUCUGGAUGCCAUGUCAACAUCGUAGGAGAGAACAAGAGCGUGAACGGUCUGCGCCCUGUCAAUCUCAUUGGCAGCGAGCGUGCUACAGCUCUAGCCAAGGAGCUCAUCCUGGAGAUCGUCGAGAGCGACAGCCGUGAUCAACGUAGUGGUGGAGGCGGUGGUGGUUCCGGUACCAAUGCAGUCGACCAGAUGCGCGACCGUGGCUAUCAGAAUGACAACCGUGGUGGCCGCGGUGGCGGCGGCGGCGGUUAUGGCGGAGGUGCUGGUGGUCGUGAUCACAUCGAGAAGACUAUCCAGGUGCCAUCUUCAGCUGUCGGCAUGAUUAUUGGCAAAGGCGGCGAGACCAUCAAGGACAUGCAGCGCACGAGUGGCUGCAAGAUCAACGUCAACCAGCCUCAGCAACCGGACCACCACCGAAACAUUGACCUUGCAGGUACGGCAAGAGCAAUGGAGGAAGCAGAACGUAUCAUCUGGGAGAAGGUCGAGACUGUUCGGCAGCGUGAUGCUGCUGCUGGUCGUGGUGACGGUGGACGUGACCAAGGCCAAUCACAGUAUGAUGGAUACUCACAGCAGCAGCAAGCACCUCCUCAGGUGCCCAGCUAUGGGUCGUACAUGGGUGCCGGAGCGCCACAGGUACCCCCAGCAAUGCCGGCAUUCCAGAUGCCACCCAUGCAACAAGCGACGCCACAGCCUGGAGCGCAGCCAUCGAGUGAUCAGCCGGCCCCGGACCCAUACGCCGUGCAACAGUGGUAUGCGCAAUGGUAUGCGCAGCAGAUGAGCAACCAAGGCGGCGCACCACCAGGCGCUCAGUAA